AUGAAGGAAAUAGCAGUCCUCGGCGCAACCGGAAACCAAGGCGGAGGCGUCGUGCGAGCACUCCUAGAGAAGACCUCGCCGGCAUUCACCGUCCGCGCCAUCACCCGCGAUGUGUCGUUGUCUGGGGCAUCAACGCUGCGUGAGAGAUACGGGGAAACAAAUCGCCUAACAUUCGCAGCAGCAGAUGUCUAUGACAAGGCGUCUUUGGUUAAAGCGUUUGAGGGUGUUUAUGGCGUGUUCGCUGUGACGAAUAACAGACUCCCCGGGAAGAAGAUCGAGACGGAGGCUGAUAUGGCUCAUGAGCUUGAUGCUGGGAGGAAUAUUGUCGAUGCUGCCAAAGAAUGCGGCGUCCAGCAUUUCGUCCUGAGCAGUUUGCCGAAUAUCAAGCAGGCGAGCAAUGGCCGAUUCACCAAGGUCUUCCAUUUCGACAAUAAGAAUCAGAUCGAACAGUGGGCGAAGAAUGAACUCCCGGCUGUGACUGCAUUGCAUCCUGGUCUGUUCUAUACAAACAUGCAGUGGCCGCAAUACUGCAGGCGCAACGCCGACGGCACAAUCCGAUUCUGUCCCCCAGUAGACGGCAACAAACUCAUCGACUGGGUCGAUCCAACCUACGACAUUGGCGUCUACGCAGCCGAAAUACUUGCUCUGGGCCCAUCCAAAACCGCCUCAAAGACAUACCCCGUAGUCUCGCCCAAAUUCCCCUCAACCGAGUUCCCGACGGUUUUCACCCGCGUAACCGCACAACCGGCCACAUUCGACCCGAUCAGCCUCGAUGAAUGGGGCGCUACUGUUGCUGCGGCUGCAGGGAAGGGGUAUGAGGAGGAUAUCCGGCAGAUGAUGGAGUGGGUUGGUGUUGCGCCGGAUGAGAGGGUUUGCUAUGGGACUAUGGAUCGGGGGGAGGACCGGGCGUGGGAGGAUUUAGGGGUUCGGGCGAGUACGUUUGAGGAGUGGCUGCGGAGGAGUGGGUGGGGGCGUGAGCUUGGAACCGUUUGA